AUGCACACAAUGAAAUCGGGCUAUUGUGUGAGGUGCAUUGUGCACCCAAGCCACAGGUGGCGCAACACGCCCCAUCGUGUUGGUACACUUCCGGUUGUCGUCAUGAAGAAGAGCUAUUCAAGAGUGUAAACAAAGUUAUCAGUUCCGUGUUCUCCAUUGCGCGUUUUUCUCCUGUCCAUGAAUUUUAAUAUAUUCAACUCCUUAAGCUGAAUGAGCAUGAAGUCUGUCUCCUCAUUGCUCCAGAAGUGCACGUUUCUGCUUGCCUGUAGCAGUGGGGGUGUGGUCAAGCGCCGGUCUGUGACAGGAGGGCGGAGCCAGGGAAGUUUCAGAAACUGUCACAGAGUGGAGCAGCAACAGACCCCUCAUCAUCCUCCGAUUAUACUGUGGACUUGAGACAAGUAACACUCCAGCAUGAAGAAGGUGAACGUUGUCGUAAUUGGGGCAGGGGUGGUUGGACUGUCCACGGCAGUGUGUAUAGCUGAGGCAUUGCCCUUCUGCACCGUCACCAUACUGGCUGAGAAAUUCUCUCCAGACACCACCAGUGAUAUUGCUGUUGGGAUCCUUUUGCCCAAUCAGAUUUCAGGGAUUCCUCUGGAACGUCAGCGGCGUUGGUUUAAAGGCACAUUUGAUCAUCUGCUGGCAAUUACUGAAUCACCGCAGGCCUCAGAUGCAGGAGUACUUCAGAGCUCAGGAUAUGAGCUAUUCAAAGAGGUCCCGAGUAUCAUAAAACCAUACUGGGCUGAUAUUGUGUUUGGAUUUCGGACUAUGACUGAUCGUGAAAUGAAGAGAUUCCCUAAUCAUAAGUAUGGCCGAGCUGUAACCACUAUGAAGUGUGAAAACCUCAGAUACUUGCCAUGGCUGGAGAAAAGGUUGACAAAAGCAGGCGGUCAAAUGAAGCAAGAGAAAGUGACUGACCUUCAGCAGCUUGCUCGUAGCUACGAUGUCAUCAUCAACUGCUCAGGCCUCGGCUCCCGUUCUUUGGUGGGGGAUGAGCAGGUCCACCCAAUACGUGGCCAGAUCAUCAAAGUUCAUGCACCCUGGCUGAAGCAUUUCAUUUGUGAUGAAGAUGAAAAUACCUACAUCUACCCUGGCAUUGACUACGUCACUCUGGGGACUACACGGCAGGUGAAUGUCUGGAAUUUGGAGGUGGAUAAGGAUGACAGCAAGGGCAUCAUGGAGCGCUGCAGUAAGUUUAUACCAUCGCUAAGGACCGCUCAGGUCCUUGGAGAAAAGGUGGGGCUGAGACCUGGCAGGAACAACCUGCGUCUGGAGAGAGAAUGGCUACAGGUUCAGGAGCGCCAGGUGCUGUUGGUGCACAACUACGGUCAUUCCGGCUCAGGCGUUGCUCUGAGCUGGGGCACUGCACUGGAGGCAUUGGACUUGGUGAGGAAAAGUCUGCAUGAGAAACCACCUCAUGCUAGACUGUGAAUGCACAGACAUCAUAUAGCUAAUUACAUAAGCUCCAUGGUAAAAAAAAAAAUUACUAUACAGCAAGGCUUUUUUCAAAGGGGAACAGUAAAAUACCAGGGGGCUGGUCACCAAAAUAUUAUUUUAAAGCUCCAAUACAUACAUGCAUGCGCGUGCACACACACACAAAAUGUAUACGCCGAUCAGCCAUAACAUUGUGACCACUGACAGGUGAAGUGAAUAACAUUUGAUUAUCUCAUUACAGUGGUGCCUGUCAAGGGGUGGGAUGUACAAGGCAGCAAGAGAACAGUCAGUUCCUGAAGUUGAUGUGUUGGAAGCAGGAAAAAUGGGCAAGCCUGAGCUCAAAAAGCUGCAUGUCUGAUCGUCCGAGACCACUAAAGUAUGCGCAAGGACGAGUAAAACUAAUGAUAAUCGUCCGAUUGGACGACAAAGGUUAGUGCUGGCAACACAGGCAACUGCUCCGUGAUGCAGGUCUGAACUGUCAGUCCAGCAGUAGCAUAUUUCAAUUAGUAUUAUUAAUCACGCAUCAUGACAUCUGACGCCUGCUCAAAACAAAGUUCACCUGUGUCUAUCGAAAAUCCCAUUUUCCUGGACUGGUUCCAGUAUAAAAUUUAAUCCUACCAAGCAUCAGAGACUUUGACUGUAUGCUCACUCUGUGCUAAGAGAGCAGGGAACCAGUCUAAAGUAGCUCGUCUCGUUUCAUGGGAAAUGCGUUAAAAAGUUUUAUUCAUCAAUACGACAAUCUAUAAAAUUUACAAAAAAAAAUUUGAGGAAAUCAUUCAAAUUUCCUUGCUUUUGGUUAUAAUUCGUCGAAGUAUGCGUGUUUGAGUGUACUGGAAAAGCUCGGCUCAGAGGGGUCCAUGUAAUGACAUAAUUAUACCAGUUGGCUAAGGGCGACGAGGGUCAAGGACAUUGUGUGCCAGCAGUGCGGUUGAAGCGGGCAGGUGUCAAACUUUGAACUUUUAUAUCAUGGUUGGAGUUAAUCAACGAUAUCUCUGAAUAAUGUUCCUUACCUCUAACCUGUGUGUGUGUGUAUAUGUGUAUGUAAUUUUUUUUUUUUUAUUGCUUUUGAUGGUUUCAUAUAUUUCGUAAUGAUUUAUCAACAUACCACCAUUGUGGCAUGGGAGCCUGUGAUUGGUGGACAGCUGGCAAAGGGUGUCUCCCAUUGGUUGUAAAUCGUGACUUAAAAAUCAUAAACGCAUAUGGGACCCUCUUAUUGGCAGUUCACAUACUGAAGCCAAGCGGAGAUGUCUGGCGUCUGCUGUUGUUGCCCAAAGAAAACUACAGCUAAAAAAGCUCAACUACUGGAUUACUUGGACAAGCUUAGUCAGAAAGAAGCGAAGGAUAGAUAUACGCGGAAAUUAGGAGUUUAUUGGCAGUUAUGAUCCGUAUAAAAUUCCUCGAAAUGACUGGAGUGACAGUGCAGAUUUGUGACCUAGCGUUAGCAUUAGCUACAUGUUGGAAUAUACUUUCUUUUUCCUGAAAAGUCCCGACACAGCAGAACAGUUUAAAAAAAAAAAAAAAAAACUACAAAAGCAAGAAAACCUUUGUGUUAAGACUUUUUCCUGACAUCAGCUUUUGGGAACAGAAUGUUGUGAAAGCCAAAACAUUUACUCUCAAAGGGCUUUGAUUUGAACUGUGGACUAGAUCUUAUUCCCACCCCUCUGUGUCUCCUUAACCCCAAGGACACAGCUAUCUGCACACUAUCAUUUAUACAGUGAUGUUUAUUAUUGUUAAAACAAUAUCUGAAGUGUUAUUUGUAAAAUAACAAAAUAUCUUGCUCUAGACUUUCAGACAGUAUUGUAAGAUUUUAUUUUAAUUUUAUCUAAUAGUGGAUGGUACAAUAAUUACAAACACUAACAGAAUCAGCACAUUCCAGUUGUAGCUAUAGUAACUAUAAUAAUUCUUGUCAUAAUAAUUUCAAUAAACGGUUAAUGUUCA